UCCUGUAGGUCAAACGGUUCCCUCUGUCCCCCGGCCUCAAAUCCUCUCUGUCUUCUCCUGGGGAGGCCUGAACCAAAAAUCCCAAACCUGGGCUGUUUCCACUGCCCUGCGGCGCGCAGCCCUAGCCCUCUCCUCCGCACGGCCCCUACAGAGUACGAAAAAGCCCUUCCCUUCUGUGCCUGACCUCGUGGCGACAGAGCCCUAAGGUCGCUCAAAAUUCGAGGGAGCAGCCUCCCCGAGGAAUGUAAUCGAGGAUGCUGGCCCUGAGGCUGCUCAACGUCGUGGCCCCAGCCUAUUUUCUGUGCAUCUCCUUGGUGACCUUCGUGCUGCAACUCUUCCUCUUCCUGCCCAGCAUGCGCGAGGACCCCGCGGCUGCCCCUCUCUUCUCGCCUGCCCUGCUCCACGGGGCGCUUUUCCUAUUUCUCUCUGCCAACGCCCUGGGCAAUUAUGUCCUGGUCAUCCAGAACUCCCCGGACGACCUGGACGCCUGUCAGGGUACCUCGUCCAAGAGGGCUCUGUGCCCCCCUCCCAGCACCCACUUCUGCCGGGUGUGCGCCCGAGUCACGCUGCGGCACGACCACCACUGUUUCUUCACCGGCAACUGCAUCGGCAGCAGGAACAUGCGCAACUUCGUCCUGUUCUGCCUCUACACCUCCCUUGCCUGCCUCUAUUCCAUGGUGGCCGGAGUGGCUUACAUCUCUGCUGUCCUGUCCAUCUCUUUCGCCCAUCCCCUGGCCUUCCUCACGCUCCUGCCCACUUCCAUCAGCCAAUUCUUCUCCGAAAGCGCCUGCCCGAUCGCUUUUCCCGUACGUGGCCUGGGUGUAAAGCGGCUCUGUCGUCUCCCCUCCCCCGCAGGAGCUGUCCUCGGUUCUGAAAUGUUCGUCAUCCUCAUGCUCUACCUCUGGUUUGCCAUCGGCCUGGCCUGCGCCGGCUUCUGCUGCCACCAGCUGCUAUUGAUCCUCCGGGGGCAGACCCGCCACCAGGCUCGGAAGGGGGUGGCAGUGAGGGCCCGACCUUGGCGCAAGAACUUGCAGGAAGUCUUCGGAAAGAGGUGGCUGCUGGGCCUGCUGGUCCCCAUGUUCAAUGUCGGAAGCGAGAGCUCUAAGCAGCAGGACAAAUAGCAGACAGACACUCCAUCAUUUCUCUCCCUCUGAACAUAAGACCAUGGCAUCUGUCUCUACCCAUGAUCCACCGCAACCUCCGACUGGUAAGGUCCUUGCACCCGUCCCUGAUCUUCAACCCCUAGAGAGCAGCGCUAGCUGGUGGGCCAUGGCAGGAAGAACGGCCACCGGGCACUGCUGGGCUUCUCACCAGAUGUCUCUGCUUCUGUUCACCCUCCUCGGGGCCCUCCUUCCCCUCUGUAUCUGGUGCACCCACUCUCUACCACCUCUCCUGCCUUCACUCUGUCUGUGGGAGACUCCCCCUCAUCUUGGGGGUGGAGAGUGACUCUUGCUGCUGGUGUGGGGCUCCCCAAGACCUGGAAGCUGGCAAAUAUCUAAAAUUACCAUGGGCCAGAGGCAGCCAAGUCCCUUCUGCCAACUGCCAGGGAAGUUGGGAGGGGUGGGCAUGUGUCACCCCCUCUGUGGGGUUGUGGGUGGGGACAAAGAGCUCAGUGGCUUGGUGCCCACUCCCAAGGCUCAAAGCUCUUUCUCUGGAGACAGCAACCCGGCACUCCUCCAGCCCCUGGGGUUUGGCCAGAUGUUGGGAGAGAAAGAAGAGGGAAAGAGGAGUCACCCAAUGAAUGAAGAAGGCAUGUAACUGUGCAGCCCUGUAUCCCUGAAUAGAAGGGUGGUGUGUGUGUGUGUGUGUGUGUGUGUGUGUGUGUGAGAGAGAGAGAGAGAGAGAGAGAGAGAGAGAGAGGUGCUCUUAUGAACCUAGAGGAAGAAUGCUUGGGGAGGGAGGGGCCAAUGCAUUCAUUUAUGUCCUGGAUAAAGGACAUUCUAGCAGCUAAAGCUUCAAUGUUGGAAUGGCCAGUGUUGGAAUGGAUACCUGGGCAAGCAGUAGCUCCACCAUUGGAGGUCGGGGUUAGGGUUAGCGAGGUCCAGGAAGGCUUCUGUCAGACAUGCUGUGCAAGGAAUUUUUUUUCACAAGAAAUCCCUUCCCACUCGGAGAGUCUCUUUGUGACUGCUGGGCCCAGAGGCCACAGCUGCAGAGGUGUCUGUGAGAUAUUGGCUUUCAUGGAGGGGAGGUGGGCAGAGGAGAGGGCUGAAAAAUCAUGAUGCAAACUUUUGAGGCCCAAUAUAGCUACUGUGGUGAGGACUACCAGGAUGUUUCUAGUUUAGAGGGCUGGCCAUGGAGGAUAGGGAGACCCAGAAGGGUGUCAGGGUCAGGUACGUGAUGGGGAGAGAAAAGCCUGAAGGUCAUGUCCAACUCUGAGGGAGGAGCCUGGGGGAGUGAAGACUGGGGGAUGAGGAUGACCAGAAUAUGUCAGUGCAGUUGCCAGACCUUCCCUGCUCAGCUGAGUGGCCCUGGAUGGGGGCACGGCUACACAUUCUGGGACCCAGAGAACCAGACCCCUGGGACACAUGAGGGAGUGGGUGCAACCCAAGUGCCCCCUCCUGACUGGGUCCCAAGGCCAACCUGACAUCCAUCCAGGCAGAAGACCGAAGUCCAUACCCUUCAGUGUCCAGUGGGUGGCCACAGGGACACAACCCUGCUGUACAACACUGAAUUCUUGAGCAGAGCUCAGAGGACUUGACCAAGGUCCCGCCUUCAUGCCCCCUAGAGGGCUAUGUCCUAAUGUUGACAGCUCGUGCUUCCCCCCUCUGCCUUUAUUCAUUGUUUCAGUCAUACAUUUAUCCAAUAUGGAUUUAUCAAGCACCAACUAUGUGCCGAGUGUCAGGCUCUGGUGAUACAGGGGUGGACAGGACGAUGAGAUCCCUACCGUCAGGGACUCCUUGCCCCCUGCACACUGACUCCCACCCUUUGACAAAUGGUCACUCUGCUAUCUUUGGUGGUCAUCAGGGCAGGCCACUUUGAGGGAAGGGGUGUGGCAGGGCAGACUAAUGGGGAGUCCAGGCUUCAUUGAAGGAGAAGUCACCAGGGCCAUCUUCGUUCCCAGUUCUGGCCAUAUGUAGGAGGUGCAGGGGGCGGGGAUGGUGGGAGGCUGGAAAAUCCACCCUGGCUCCCUUCUGCCUUUAUUCAUUCUUUCAUCACUUAUUUCAUUCACCCUGGAGCUCCGUCUUGGAAGCCAGCUCUUCCCUGUGCACCUCCUGGGGGCUCAGCAGCACGGGUCCUGGCAUCCCAGGAGAGGGCAAAAAGAGACCCUCAGGGGGGUCAACUCCUGAAACACGGGUCAGUGGGGGUGACUGUGGGGAGGUUGCCAGGUGUGGGACUUGAAUAGCGCUUGUGCACAUGGCCCUGUAUUUGUUGAUGAAGAACAUCAAUAAAAUAUGUGGUUUUAAAUUGGA